AUGGCGAUCGCAAAACUCUCCGACGGUGAGCGAAAAGAGAAAAUCGAGCCGCUGCUUGCGAAGGGGUGGAAGCUGGCCGAAGACCGGGACGCCAUCGAGAAGACGUUCAAAUUCGCCGAUUUUAAUGAGGCUUUCGGUUUUAUGACCCGAAUCGCGCUGAAGGCCGACAAAUUGGACCAUCAUCCCGAGUGGUUUAACGUCUAUAAUAAUGUCAAAAUCCUGCUUGCCACCCACGAGUGCAGCGGCUUGAGCGCCCGCGACGUCGAGCUGGCCAAAUUUAUCGAGAGUCUG